AUGGCUGCGAAGAAAAUGCUACUUUCAUCGAUAUUUCUGACAGGUAAUAAGCUGGGAGAUGUUGGCCAAACCUUGUCUAGUACUACUGCGGGGAAUCAUCGUGAAUACUUCGUACCUGCCAAAAAUGCUUCCUUCGUAUUACCUCAAACAUGUCGACAACGGAAACUAAAAUGCGAUGAAAUUAAGCCAAGCUGUGGACAAUGUCUCAAGGCCUCACGACAAUGCGUACCUAGUGAUGGAGUAGUAUUUCGACAUCAGCAGAAUGCUUCUAUGAAUGGUGGUGAAUGUGUUAUUCCUGGUGAAACGAGUGGCCGGUUGGGAGCAUUCUACGCAUAUCGGAAUACAUUCGACGAGAGUAGCGUUUGGGUUGAUGUGCCGAAGAAGGUAACCUUCUUCAAUGUCAUCGAUCCAUAUAACAUGGAAGCAAGUCCUGAACCCGAACAAACCAUACACUCCGCUCUUCCCACCACUGGCGUUGUGGACAAAACCGGCGACGGCGUUUAUCAUUACCCGUCAUUUGAGAAAGCCCCAGGCUUAGAAGCUCUUUCGACUGCUGCCACUACCAACAUAGAAUACAUGCGCCAUUUGUCGGUGCCUGUGCAAUCACCAAGAGGCAUUAACACUCCGCAGCACUCGGUCAACAACCUCGACUUUAUAUUGAAUCCUACUGGACCGGAAGGCCGUUUGAGUAUGGAGAUGAUUGCUUCCUCUUGUUCAAAGAUCGACCCAUCAUCGAGAUCACUCUCCAAGACGAAUACCUUCAUCAAUGAUGUCGAUAGUGUCAGAGAGCAUGAAGUUGCAUUUCUAUUGAGACAUUUCGGGGAAACCACUGGACAAUGGAUGGAUUUAUUCGACCUCGGAUGUUACUUCGCACAUCAUGUACCUGUUCUCGCCGUAUCGAACCCUUUGCUUAAAUAUUCAGUAUGCGCAUAUGCUGCCAAACAACUUUCGCGAGUGGGAGGGAGGAAGGCCAUUGUGGGUGGUAUAGUAAGUGCCCAAGCACUUAUGGAGCUCUACCCAAAUUCGGAUAAGGUUGACUGGGUUUACAUUGCUGCAAAAUACUAUGACAGAGCAAUUUCACUCUUGGUGGAAGAACUUUCUAAAACGGGUAGAAAUGAUAUUCCAAUUACACCCGCAAUCGACGAUCACUUUACUCCUCCAGGAAAUACAGACUCACCGCGAAGCAUCCCGUCCCAAGCAAGUAGCAAGCGACGCCGUUUGUCGAAGCCGGUACAGCGUGACGCUGACGAGACCAUUGCUGCCGCUGCUAUACUUUGUGUUUAUGAAUUCCUUGAUAACGCUUUACAUGCUUGGUCUCGCCAUCUCAGCGGAACCAAGUCCUUGUUCGACCUAGCUGAAAGGGAAGGGAUGAUGCCUUUAGAUUCACCUUCACCUAGUACCCCUGGGUCAUUAUCAUUUAGAACAAAGCCAUCAGUAGCUAGAAGAGCUACUUUUUGGAACUUUGCUCGCCAGGACUUUCUGGCAGCCUUCAUCAACGAAGUGCAAACGCGGCUCAAUACAGAAGAUUGGGAUCUUUGGCGUGCAGCCGGACUUCUAAUAGAUGAUCAAGGUUUUGUUAUUCCAAGCAACAAGGAAAGCUCAUAUCCCGGGCUGCAAAUGUCUAUGCGAGAAGAUAUGAUUUCAAACGCUUUAAUCUGGCUCAUGUCGAAAAUCGUGAAUUUUAUUGCUACAGGGGAUUCCAUCGACAACGUCUACCCCCAAGAUAGAGCCAGUCCCACUGCUGUUUUUGGUAUUAAUCAAAUGACUCUACUUGAAAGAUGGCACGAACUAGCACACGAGCUAGAAGUUUGGUACCAAGGUCUGCCGGAUACCUUCAACCCAUGUGCUCGUCUACCCAAAAUUACGGACGGCAGUCUGCCGCAAGACUCACCCAGAGCUACAUUUCCCGAAAUAUGCAAGAUCUCCGGUAUUCCGGACUAUAAAACCGAACUCAAAAUUUCCAAGGAUGGCCCAAUGGCCAAAGAUCUUAGUAGUCAGGUCUUACCAGAACUUUUGACUUUCGUCAGAUAUCCACCAAAGAAAGAUGGCUAUUUCUAUCAAUUUUUAACUGGGCCCCUAUCUCAUCUUUUACAAUCCCUGAUUGUGCCUGUGAGAAGUUGCCACUGGGGGACCAUGCAUAGUGGUGACAGAAUCAGAUGUACUCUUUUGGCCUCACGAUGA